GGAGCGGGAGGCACUUCUGGGACGCACUGCAGCGCUUCUGGUGUGAGCAGGAUGGCUGUGAUCUGCUCCGGCAGCCGCGACGCAGGCAGACUCAGCGAGUCCGGGGUCCUUUAAUAAUCAGUCCCUGUUACAUCAACACAUAGGGUUUGUCCCAUAGAGUCUACGGCAUAGACUGUAUAUAAAAAGGUUAGUCCAAAAAAUGAGCAGUUUGGUGGUUUGUGUGAACAAGGUGGCCUGAAUUCUUGUAACCAUCCACAUAGCGAAAAUGGGCUCCACCCUUACCUGCUACAGGGCAAAAUGGUUGGGGUUCCGGCGCUGGUGCGUCAAGAGGGAGGUGGAUCCUUCAACCUGUUCGUUAAGCUGCACCUCCAGUCACCAGUCGGUCAAGCUCCUGAAGUUCCCAGCUGACACCAGCCUCAUUGGGCUCAUCUCUGGUGGGGUUGAGUCCGGCUAGAGGAGGGAGAUUGACACUGUGGUGAGUCAGAGCUACCUGAAGCUCUAAAGAAAGCGUCGCUGGUUGUGGAUUUCAGGAAGAACCUACCCCACUGCCCCCAUCACCAAGUGUAAAUCCCCAGUUGACACUGGGAAAACCCUGCUGCAAUGAUCACCCAGGACCCCAAGUGGGAGCCAAACAUCAGCAGAUUGUGCACUUCUACACCACCCUCGUUGAGUCCAUCCUCACCUCCUCCAUCAACAUCUGGUACGCUGCUGCCACAUACGUACACGUAUCAUCCGCUCUGCAGAACAGGUGAUUGGCUGCAAUCUACCGUCACUCCAGGACCUGUAGGCUACUCAUCAAGGACGCUGGGGCAAGCAGGAAAGAUUACAGCUGACCCCUCCCACACCAGACACAAACCAGGACCCUCGCGACACAGACCCUCAUCCCACCCAUGAACACUACAUGUUACAUUAACCUGAAAUCUCCACACUUAACAGAUGGGACAUAAACGUACAUCUGUAUUGCACAUAUUCUUACUUUGACGGUUGUGCACCAAAAUACUAAAGCAGAUUCCUCUGAUGUGAAAACCUUUUUGACACUAAACCUGAUUCUGAUUCUUGAUGUGUAGUUUGAUAGUGUGCAGCCACACAGUGUAUUUCAGUCUCUUUCUGACCAACCACAUUUCAGUGGUUAGAACAGAGAGAAGCUGUCAGACUCUCACAGGUACAAAACCAGCUUCUGUUCUCUUCCUCCAAACUAAACCACUGUGACCUACAUGAAGACAUAUAAUCAGAACAAUGAACGCACACAGCAGCAUGUUAUGGCUCAGAGACUCGUUUUAAAACUGCUUUGAUCUGCUUUGACGCAACUAAACCGCUUAACCAGUUCUCAUAAUAGUCUGUUGAGAGGAAACCACAACAGUGCCACAUAUUCAGUUGCUGAUUUACUUUUCAUAUCAACGUCUUCAUUUAAUUUUCUGUCUCUCUUCACAUCAUAUUCUGGUUCAGAGUCUCAUUUUAAAACUGAAUCGAUCUGCGUUUGUCUGUGAUGAUUCUCAGUCAUCCAGAUCAUAGUUAUCCAAAUUGGGUUCAAAUCCAGCACAGAUGGACUUGGUUGAAGAAACUUAAAGAUGUUUCACAUCUCAUCCAAGAGGCUUCUUCAGUUCUGAAGCUUCUGACAAGAGGUGAAAUGUGUUUGAGUGUGUUGAAGUAGAAGUCCCUUGAUUUUAACCCACCUUGAAAACUAAAACUUAUCUCACAACAGUCUGUGGAGAGGAAACCACAUAACUGCCAGCCACAGUCACAGAUGAAGGAGGAGGGUUUUCUUGAUGUGAACAUGAACCGAUCAGAGAGCCAAUUAAACAUAACAAAUUGUCAGGAUGGAGGAAACAUCUGUACUGCGGCUGCUCUUUCUGACCUCACUGUUGUGCUGCACAACAAACCAAGCCUCUCUGACUGUGAGUCCCAGCAGCUCUCAGCUGUUUGAAGAAGAGUCUGUCUCUCUGAGCUGUGAGGAGGACGACAGCUCUACUGGAUGGACGCUGAGGAGGAACACAACCAGAGAAACCAGGACUCAGUGUGGAGCUGGCUGGGGAAGAUCAGCUGGUUCUUCCUGUAACAUCAACUACCUAACCCAGUGGGACAGUGGAGUUUACUGGUGUGAGUCCAGAGAGGGAGCAACCAGUAACACCAUCAACAUCACUGUCACUGGUGGACCAGUGAUCCUGCAGAGUCCUGUCCUCCCUGUGAUGGAGGGACAUGAUGUCACUCUGCACUGUAAAACAGAGACCCCUCCCUCCAACUUCCCAGCUGGUUUCUAUAAAGAUGGCUCCCUCAUCAGGACUGAGCCUACAGGUCACAUGACCAUCCACCAUGUUAACAAGUCGGAUGAAGGCCUCUACAAGUGUGACAUCAGCGGUCGUGGAGAGUCUCCAUCCAGCUGGAUCUCUGUCACAGGUAAACCUAAACCCAGCACCUCAGCCUCCCUCCACUUUGUGUUCAGACUGGUCUGCCACCUGGUGGUGUUCUGUCUGUUCUUCAUCUCCACUGUCCUCAUGGUGUCUUUAUAUCGACGCAGGCCCAAAGGAAAUUACCUGCCUGUCUCUAUGGUGAUGACCCCGCUCACCCAGGCAGAGGAGGGAUUGGAUGAUGACUAUGAUGAUGUCAUCACUGCUGUCACCACAGAGCAUUACUUCUGAGCUGAUCCAGUGUGUGAUUCUUCAAUAAAGCUAAAAUG